AUGGACUCCAUUGAGUUCUUUCAAGUUUUCAUCAUAAUCAUCAUAUUCAUCAUGACUCUGUUCUACAUCUACUUCAGAUCAUUAACAUCUUCUUCUUCUUCUUCUUCCACUUCUGUUGCUGCUGUUGAUACUGAUAUUCCCCCUCUUCAAGAAAAGUAUGAUGUGUUUAUUAGCUUCAGAGGUGAGGACACCCGCCUUACUUUUACCAGCCAUCUUUAUGAAGCUUUAUGUAGGCAGAAAAUCGAAACCUACAUAGAUUACAGGCUUGUGAGAGGAGAUGAAAUUGCGCCUGCCCUCCUUGAAGCAAUCGAGAGAUCUACGAUUUCG